AUGCGUCCCCUGCAGCGUCCCCGGUCAUCGCUUCCGGCCGAUUCCGGCUUCCAGCUUCCGUGUUCCGGUCCCUGCGAGCGUCGGGACGUACAGGGGCCGGAACCGGCUGCAAAAUUAAAAAUUUUAGAAACUGUCAUUUUCUAAUAAAUGAUGUUUCAAAGCAUUUCACAUACAUUUUGUCCCUACUGCUUUGUCCUGUGCCCUGCCUGCAUUUUGACUGUUCUUUCUGCCUGGAAACUUAGAAAAGUCCAUGGCGUCCACAAAGCGUCAUUUUAGGUCAAAAGCGGUUUUAGACCAGCUAGAGAAAUCAGAACCACUUGCAGAAUUGA